CUUCAAACUUGAAGUACUGUUGAAACCAUAGUUCUUCGUAAUUCCGAAUUCAUAGCACAGUUGCUUAACACAGGCAUCACAAUUAUGUAGAUUAUGCAUCGUUGUUAGAGUUAGUGUCUAUAUUGACAGUAUGUUAAACUCAUUGUUUUUAGUGUGUAUAAAAACUUUUUUCAUGUAAGUGCAGAAGAGAUGCAAGUUUGAGAUGUAUGCAAGAAAUGAUGCUUCGCGUCAACAAGAUUGUGCGAUAUUUUUCAUCUAACCAAAAGGUUGAUGUGAGCACUCUGCUUGAUAAAGCAACAAAAGAUAAAUUUGUCUUCAAAUUUGUUCGAAGCUCUGGACCUGGAGGACAGAAUGUCAAUAAACUUCUAUGGUAUAUUUUAGUGAAUACGAAAGUUGAACUGCGUUUCAAAAUAGCAAGUGCUGAUUGGUUGCCAUCCCAUGUUGUCUCAAAACUGCUGACUCAGGCGAAGAACGAUAUUAACAAAGAAGGAGAGCUAAUUGUGACGUCAGAGAAAAGCCGGUCACAACAUCGCAAUAUGGCGGAUGCUUUGCAAAAAAUACGAGCUAUUAUAUGUACGGCUGCGUAUGAACCCGAAGCUCCCACAGAAGAAACAUUGAGAAAAAUAGAGAAGAGAAUUGAAAGAGCUAAUGAGAAACGACUGACAGACAAGAAAUUUAGAUCAACAAAAAAAUUGGAUAGAAAAAGUAUCGAGUAGAACUUGUGAGCUCAAGUCAUUCGACGAACGUUUAGACAGACGAUAAAGAUUUUUGGCCGUCUUUUAGUAAAAAUGUUUUAAUGAAAGAAUAAUUAAAUGAGCCA